AUGGAGCCUGAUAAUCUAGAAUUUCGACAGAAUUCAGGCAGCUCCAUCACCUUUGAUGACUUUGUUGAACCAUUUAGCGACAUUCUUGAUAUCAAAAAGAAGAUUUUGAAGGUUUCUCAAAAAGUUAUUAGAUCUAAAACGCCAACACAUACGUAUUUUCAAACAUUUCGCAAACUUUUACUCAAGUGUUUUGAUAUUCCGAACGAUUCAGACAUAAAUAUCAAUGAAUAUUCAAAAGAAGAUUUAGAAGAAAUUUACGAAUUGGUGGAAUCAAUAGAUUUGAAGAUUCGCACACUCAACAUCUUCCAAAAAGCAUAUAAUCAUCCAAGAAUGGUCACAAUUGCACCAAAAUUACAAAUAUGGAGAAAAAAACCACAAUUUAUAGAAAUUUCGCCAAUUAAAAACAAAAAAACUGCAGUUGAGGAGUUUUGCGACAUGUUUCCCGUACAUGUUACUCCAUUCGAAGUCAUUGAAGCAGCUUCUAGAUUGAGAAAAAUAACUCCUGAUGAAAAAAGAGAACUUUUACUAAGACUCAAAACGAAGCCAUAUGCACCAAGACCUAGCACUGUUAUGCAUUUCAUAGCUAACCGUAUUUGCAAAGGAGCUUACACAAACAUUUCAAAUAAUUCUUAUAAAUUUAAAAUUUCGUAUAUUCGCAAUGCAGGUUGCACUGGGUGUGAUGCAAAUGCCCAGAGUGUCUUGAACACAUCAUGGGAAAGUGCCCCUCCUUUAAUGAAAGGAUUUAUGUCGAAAUUAUCUCCAAAUUUAGCUAAUUUAAGGGAUUUUGAAGAUAAAAUUUCAGAUAACAAUGCGGUAAUGAACUCAAUUUUAUCGGCUUUUCAUGAUUUGUUUCUUUAUUCUCAAUAUUGUCCUUUAAUUUCAAAUAAUUUUCAAAAUUGUUUGGACCUACUUGGCAUUCCUGGAAGAUUAGUUGUUAAAUUAUUAUUCUAUUAUCCAGAUAUCGUCAAAGAAUACUAUUUCGAGUUCUUUUCAGAACUUUUUGGAGAAUUUUAUCAUAGAAAUUUGAUGUUGAUGAGUACAAAUAAGUUUGCGAAGUUGGAAAACUCAUAUAACACAAGCAAAUUGACGAUUUUCCCAGUAACUAACCAAAAUUAUGGAAAGAAAUUUAAUGUUUUAUCAAUUCAACCGAGAAUCAAUAUAGAAAACUUAACUUACAUUACUUCAAUGAUAACUAUUAUCGCAGAAGUCCGCCAUAUCGAUUUUUUGUCCAUUAAUCAACAGGUUUUUGCCCAUCAAAAAAUAAUUUCUUGGUUGCGAAACCCAAUUUCGAAUUUGAGACUUUCAUUUCGUGAUUCACUGCUAUUUGUUGUCGAAUCCAAUCUUUGUAACGCUCUUGAUGCAAUCAGAGAUAUGGAAUUUCCGAAUACUUCUCAACUGGAUAAUUUUCAGACGAAAACUACUUUUAUCAAAAAUGUUUUCACUGAUUUUUAUCUCGACAUAUCUCGUUCUAAGUAUUCUAAUCAGGUUUGGCUCCACAAAAAGAUUUUAAGUAUUAUGGAAAACUUUAAAGAUAUUCCAAUGACUCGUGUGUUAGAUCUACUUUUCUGCUCAUAUGCGUUGUAUACAGUGAUUGUAAACUUCUUAAUCAUUGAAACUUCUCCAAAUUCAACGAUUUCGAUUGAAAAUGAAGCGAUUGUUGGGAGAUACGACGACGGAGAAGAAGUUUUCUAUUCACAAAAUAUGCCUAUUUUGAUUCCAUCCAUGCAAUUUCCUUCAUAUUUGGAAGGAAAACAAAUUGUUGCCUAA